CGGCGGGGCCGGGCCGGGCCGGGCAGCGCUAUGGGGAUCGAGCGGCUUGAGGAGCCGGGGGGCGAUGCCGCCACUACCACAGCCGCCGGCCCGAGGCGCGUCGAGGUCCCCCGGCCACCCUCCAUCGAGGAGUUCACCAUCGUGAAGCCUAUCAGCCGCGGCGCCUUCGGGAAGGUGUACCUGGGCCGUAAGGCGGGCCGGCUCUACGCCGUGAAGGUGAUGAAAAAAGCAGACAUGAUCAACAAAAACAUGGUUCACCAGGUCCAGGCAGAGAGGGAUGCAUUGGCUCUCAGUAAAAGUCCUUUCAUUGUGCACUUAUACUACUCACUUCAGUCAGCAAAUAACAUCUAUUUGGUGAUGGAGUACCUUAUUGGUGGAGAUGUCAAAUCUCUUCUCCAUAUUUAUGGAUAUUUUGAUGAAGAAAUGGCUGUUAAGUAUAUUUCUGAAGCAGCAUUGGCCCUUGACUAUCUUCACAGGCAUGGGAUAAUCCACAGAGAUCUGAAGCCAGACAACAUGCUCAUUUCUAAUCAGGGCCACAUAAAGCUGACAGACUUUGGGCUUUCCAGAGUUACUCUGAACAGAGAGAUAAAUAUGAUAGAUAUCCUUACUACGCCAUCAAUGGCAAAGCCAAAACAAGACUACUCACGUACUCCAGGACAAUUGUUGUCUCUUAUCAGUUCUCUGGGCUUCUAUUCUCCUGUUGGAAUGAAAAUGCCAGCGCACAAUUCAAGUCAAUCGUCCGACAGUUUGCGUGGAGUGGUUUCUCCCUUACCUAUGGUCCAAAAGGAAAAUACCCCUCUUUCAACUAAAUUCUUCAAAACACAUCUUGAUAAUUCUCAAUUAACGCCUGUGAUGCCAGCAAGAAGUUUGACUCCUACUCUACUUCAGUCAAGAAAGAGGUUUGGUGCUUGCAGUGUUACUAGUGAGUCACACACUCACCAGUCCAGUGUGGAAUCAGAAUGCUUCAGCAGCCCCAGGUGGGAGAAAGAUGUAGAGUACAAUGAAGAUGAACCUGGUUCUGCAACAUGCAAAACAAGUAACAGUGGAUCGGCUCUCCCUUCAAAUGUUGAGUUGCCAAAUAGCAAAAGUAUGGAAGUUUUGAAGAAAAAAGAACUUGAGUCUGCUAUUUCUCCCAUUGUCAGAAAUGAUUCUGGCUGUAAGCAGAAGUUGGGAAGUGAACAUUCAAAUAUAACAGAUACUCCUGUGACCACGCUGGAUGUGAGAGGCGUAGGAAGAAAAUGUAUUUCUGAAAAGACUUGGGAAGAAAAAGCCUGUGUAAAUAAAAGAGAGAGAACUAAAGAAACAGCAGAAAAUUCCAGUCCACAGCAGUCAUCUUCAUGGCAGAAUGAGCCUUUCAAAGAGGAAGAAGUUUUUGAAAAACCAAGUGUUAAAAGAAGCUUUGAAUUAGUUGAUACCAGUCCUUGUCAGGAACUUAAUUAUGUUAAAAAAAGUAACGCAGAAUAUAAACGUGGCUGUCAGAUCUCUGAAUUUCCAGCAAACAGUAGGACGGGUUUGACAACAGAAAUUCAAUCCUUAAUGCUCUGUAAUGAUGAAUGCCCACGUGACACCUGCAGAAGUGAGGAGGAAGUGAAGUGUUCUAUUAGCAACCAACAAACAGGAGAAAGAUCCCUUACUCCAACUAUAGCCAAAAAUCUUAUGUGUGAUCUGGAUGCAGACUACAGAAAGGAUGAUGAAAAGGAGUACAUGAACUCAAGUUUUUUAGAUACUGAUGACGAGAAACCUUUAGGGAUCCUCAGUGCAGAUUCUGAUGUAUUUACUGAAAUGUCUGUCACGGAAAGCCAUUUAGAAAAGCAGCUUUUAGAUUUGGACAAAAGCGUUAAAGACCUCUCCUUUGAGGAGCCACGACCUGAAGGCGUGCUGGUAACGUCGCCAGAGUCCCAAGAUGCCCCACAAAGUGGAGAGGAAGCACAUACAGUCCAGGACUGCAAGUUGUUACAUCGUGAAAAGAAUAAUGACCAGAAACACGGGGAAGGAGCUUACCUUAACACAGUAUCUCCUCCUUCAGAAAAGAUGAUGGAAGCUCUGAGUCUCUUUAAAAAAAGUGCUGUUGUUUUUCGAAGUUACAAUAGCCCAAUUAAUAUGUCCAAUGUAUCUGAGCCGUGUAGCAUGGCUUCUUUAGAUAUAAUGGAUCUUUCACCUGCUUGUAGUGGCUCUUACCCAACAGCUAUCACUCCAUCCCAGAAAGGAAGGCCGUAUCAGGCUUAUCAGACACCUCGUCAGGGGGAUGCUGGCACACCCUAUCGGACUCCAAAGAGUGUAAGAAGAGGAGCUGCCCCCGUAGAAGGUGAACGCAUCCUGGGAACCCCAGACUACCUGGCACCAGAGCUGCUUUUGACAAAGCCUCACGGUUCUGCUGUAGACUGGUGGGCCCUUGGAGUUUGUCUGUUUGAGUUUCUAACUGGAAUUCCACCUUUUAACGAUGAAACACCAGCACAAGUUUUCCAAAAUAUUUUGAAAAGAGAUAUUCCCUGGCCCGAGGGUGAAGAAAAGCUGUCUGAUAAUGCCCAAAAUGCAAUAGAUAUUCUUCUAACAAUUGACACUACUAAGAGAGCUGGACUGAAAGAGCUGAAACAUCACCCCCUCUUUCAUGGUGUGGACUGGGAUAAUCUGCAGAAUCAAACCAUGCCGUUUAUACCCCAGCCAGAUGAUGAAACUGAUACCUCUUACUUUGAAGCAAGGAAUAACGCUCAGCACCUGACUGUGUCUGGAUUUAGCUUGUAGCAUCAAGAUAAGUGAACAUUCUCCAUGGUUUUGCACACUUACAGGUUAUCUGGUAACACUAGCUUGGUCUUGACUGAGUUUCCUGGCCAAAUUUAGUGUUUUACAUGAUCGGUCUUUUUAUUAUAGUCUCCUUUAUUCUAAAGUGAAACUACUGUAUGCAACUGGUAUCAAGUGCCUUUGUGCACUCACUGCACCUUACUAAGAAACCAGAGCAUUGACUGUCUUGGAGCUGGUAACUCUUGACAGUGAUGGGGCUUUUUCAUAGCAAUGAGUAAUUCCAGUUAGGAGGUGCGAUGUUAUUUCCCGGCUAAACCUAGUAGGGAAAGGACAAAAAUGCGUACAAACUGUACCUAUUGGUGGUUUGGUGUGAUGACAGGCUGGGCUGGAAGCACUCCUUUAACUCUGUUAAACAAAUCCUCUGCUGAAAUUGUUGCAUUGUAACCACUUGGGCUGUAUGAAGCUGGACUGAACAUACAUUUUAGCAGUUACAAGUUUUACCUAGAAAAUGCCCUGUGUGUGUGUGCUCACUCAUGUCAGAUGAUUUUGGCUUUUAACAAGUGAAGCAGUAUUCAUACUGAAGCUGCUGUAUACUGAAGACUAUAAUGUACUGCAAAGUGACAGAGUGUUCUGUAAACUCACAAGAGCUUAGAUUUUUACUAGAACAUAAGAUAGAAGCGUAUAUUCAGUGUUAUAAAUCUGAAUUAGGGAUAAGUAUACUUUAAUCUGUCUUUAAAUGCAACACAAAACUUGAAUCUGCUAGGUUUCAGAGGUUUGUUUUUAGGUAAUCCUGUUUAAAUAAUCUUCAGUAUUUCUGUUGCAUAGGUACCUUUCUCUGCUAACUGAAUGAAGAUUUUUUCAGGUUUGUACUUGUUAGAUAAAGAUCACUUGUGCUACAUGGUGGUGCCAGCCAAGGGCAUUGUACCAGCUGAGCAUUUUACUAGUGAUUUUUGCCAAGUGGCAAAAGUGGCUUCAUGCACUGACCCCUUUUGUAGCAGAUGCGAGUUGUCCUUCCAUCACUCUGCUGCCUGGAAGACAGGAUUUAUUGAUGCAAUUCUGAGCACACAGUGUCUGCUAGGCUUCCUGCUGUCCCCUCAGGUUGCUGUAAAAGGAAUGGGAAAAGUGAAGAAAAUGGAAGUUUCCUAAAAAAAACCUAGAGAGAGGUGAUUCUUAACAGCUCAAAAUGCCCAAUCCCAGCUCUAGCUGUAAAAUACACAGUGAGUCUCACUCCUUUUGCUAAGGAUUGCAGUUUCAGAAAACUUCUAAAUUGUUCAAUCUCUUACCUUGUUACAUGAAAAAGGUGCCAACAAAGUCAUGCACUGCUGAAGCAGUAUCCGUAAACAGUGUUCUCUGAAUGUGAUGAGAAGUUCUUUUGUGGUUUUGCUGUACAGUUGGAAUAUAUAAACUGGGGUAGGAGGGAUACUUUUAGGUAUGCAAUCACUGGUGUUUUAUAAAACUUAUUCUUCCAUUUCUAGUAAUCUGGUUUAAGAAAGUGAGUCUUACAAGAAUGGACUAUGAUUACAUGUUGAGUAAAUAUAAACUGAACAUCACACCA